CAACACGACUCACUUAUCGCGAGAUUCAGAAUGUAUCUUAUCGUUUGGACUUCGAACGGCCUUUGCGCUAAUACUUUUUGCGCAACUUCACACUUGUUGUUUGUAGAAGGAAAGGGCUGUGCUUGCACGGGAAAACUCCUUUGCGUACCAAGAAAUUUAGAAGAUUUAGAACUAAUACAUUCACUUUCGUGAUGGAUAUUCUCGACGUGUUACCCUCGAAUUUUGGCCUUGUGAUCUUCACCUACCUGUACAGCUGGAUCAUGCUAGGAUACUUAGCAGUUAAGGUUGGAGGGGCAAGAAAGAAAUAUGACGUCCAGUAUCCGGCCAUGUACAGUGACAAGGAGCCCGUGUUCAACUGCAUUCAGAGAGCCCACCAGAACACCCUGGAAGUGUACCCCCAGUGGCUCGUCUUUCAGACAAUUGCGGCGUUGGUGUACCCUGUUGCCGCAUCUGUGCUUGGGGCAAUAUGGGUGACCAGUCGGUUCUCUUAUGCCUGGGGCUAUUACACUGGAGAUCCUGGAAAGAGGAUGCGUGGUGCCUACGGCUACAUUGGAUACUUUGGAGUCAUCUUUCUCUCAAUUUCUAUUGCUUUGCAACUUCUCAAAGUGCUUUAAGCAUCUACAAAGAAUACAAACCGUACAAAGGAAAUCUUUGUCAUUAGCAUGGCACAUAUCUAAGUUCAAUAUCAUGAAUGUGGAUAAAGGUAACAUAAUCAAGGGUGUUUUUAUAUAUUAUUAUAACCGUUUUUUUUCUCCCGAUCUGAUCAAUGCACUGCUUCCAAACUCUAAAUGUUUAGAGCACUUAAUUACAGUUCCUUUCAGUAAUAUCAGAAAAAAAACAUUCCAGGUUUUCACCUCCCAAAGUAAAUGAAUUAUCAGUAAUGUAACUUAUUAGCCAGGGCUCAUCCAUACUUCCUGUGACUCUGUACCAAAGUUUGUAACCGAGUCAGUGAAGCUGGCUGUUUCUUCCAUUUCCAAUGAACAUCCAGCAUGUUCAGCAUGCAGUCAGCAUGUCCAGUGAUUGUGGACUGAAGUUAAAGGCAAGCCUUUACUAGUUCUAUUAUUGGCCCUGCUGGUAACAACAACAGGGGAAAAAAUGUUCUGAUCGAUUGAAGCUUCGAUCAGGAGCAUAGAGAGGCAUUGGAUUAUGCGUAUGUGAAGUCCGGCCUCUGAGAAAUCUCAGGAUACUAAAGCUUAGCCAGAGUAGAAGCUUGGAAGAGCUGUGUAAUCAGAAGAGGCAGGCUAGUAACUUGCAGAUAGCAAGCAUUACACUCAGUUUUGCAGAGAUGUAUCCUCACAGAGAUGUAAUACAGCAUAGUGAUUCACACAAUUUAAUCAGACCUGUGGACAGUUUGCUUUAGAUGUUUUGAUUAGACUGCUAUUUUUUGUGUGGAAAGUGGCCAUAUGUGAAAUAGAAGUCCGCAGAACAACGUGGUGGCAACGUUGUUGUAUUUGGAAUAUUUUUGAUUGCUUUCCUCACUUGACUUGAAUGUUUUUGGCAGUGAGAGCUGAGAACACAGUUUUAAGAUUGAAUGGGUGUAAUAUUAUAGCUUAUUCACUUUGAAUUGUGUUUAGGGCCACUGAAAGAUGGAAAACAUAUAUGGUAUGUUUUUAAAAAAAAUUCUGACAAAUGAAAAAUGGGAAAUAACUGAACACUACCGAUGGCUUUUUCAUGCAACAUGCCAGCCCAUUUGCUUGUUUAUGAAUUUGGAAACACGAAGUGGAACAAAGAUGAAAUGGCAAAGAGCGCUUGGGAAAAUAAACUGUGUGCACAUAUUAUUUCUGUUCUGAGGAAAAGGCAAAACCAAAGUGAAAGUAGUUUUGUUAGUAUUUUUUCAUGUUAAUUAUUUUUCUGUAAUGAAUUGAGCAUUUGAAAACAUCAGCUCUCCCUCUACGUCAGUAUAGAAUGGGCUGUAAAAAAUUAUAUGAAGGAGCUUCUUUUCUGAACUGUUGGUUUUUUUACCUUUCAGAAUGAUCAGUUCUAGUUGGGAUUUCUGAUUGUUGGAUUCAUUAAGAUGAGUCGCCUCAAACUCAGAAUGUUCUUCAGUUGAAAGUGCGUCCUGAGCGGUCAUUUAAACUGUGAAUAUGAUUUAAGAUAAUAGAACAUUGAAAUGAAUCAUGCCAUUCUAUUGCAGUGCACGGUCAUUUACUAUAAUAGCCAUUGAUAUUCUGUCUAUCUGUACAAACAUGUGGUCUUUCAACAAUAAAGUAUUUUGCAGCGUA